GCACAUCCCCCGAGCCCGAGAAACGAGAAGCGCCCACUCCACUGCCCUUGCCAAGCCCACGCCCAGGCGAACCUCCCGGCACAAGCCCCAACCGCGCUACGCUGCUGCCAGCCUGCUGCUCUAGCUACUCUGUAAAGGCCGUACGCGAGCACCCGCACUCGCACUCAGGGCAGCACCCUUUCGCCCUCGGUGCUGAUCGAAACUCUCCCCCAGCGACGAUUCUAUCGUAUCAAUGUCUUGCCCAUAAUCCCCUUCUUUCCUUCAUAGAAGCUGCAGUAGCAGCAAAUGCUCCCUUGCUUGCUCGACUCAACGCCUCACUCAUCAUCCGCAUCCGCAUCUUCAUUUUCACUCUCACUCUCAUUUGCUUCAGCCCGCGCUUCCGACUUGAGCCCCCAUCUCCGAGAUCCCCUCGAACCGCAGUCGGCCCAUCCAAACAAACUCAAUCCACAAUUCCUCUCCCACAGACUAUACGCUGCCCCUACCAGCAGACCCCCAGGUCAAGCAGGCCAAGAUGUCAGAGUAUGUGAACAAUGCAAUCUGCUAAACCUCCCCGGGAGUCCAUUGUUCUUCCAUACUAACCAACUUCUUACUAGACUAAUACAAGCCGGUUGGGCUAAAGGUUACCAUCCCACGCCCCAGGAAACCCUCCAACAAUUACGAUCCCUCUCCUCCAAAGACACCGCGAGAAAGCCGAAAGCUGUCCAAAGACCCGUCGCGAAAUCCGUAUCAACCGGUGCAUUGCACUCAAUGGCCUCGGUGGCAAGCGAUGCAGCCCUGCCACCGAUACCUCCACCGAAGUCCAUAAGUCCUUUGUACAGCGAUGCCGAUGGCAACAUGAGUACAUUGCCAGACCCUCGAAGUCGAGCCGUGUCUUUUGCCAACGACAAUGCCCCUGGGGCCCAUCCAGACCUCAGCAAUGAGGUUGCUACCCUAAGCAACAAAUUGAUUAGCGCCAUCAAUCACCAAACGAACCUGGACGACUCGCUCUCGGAAACAAGACAUGCCUUGGAGGAAUCACAAAAACGAGUCAAGCAGCUUGAACAGGAAAAUAAAGACCAUGCGGAAUUGUUGGCUCGUGGGAUCUUAAUUCGGAAGUCCGUGGCCGAGGUUGAGAAGAGUAAAGUGGUUGCACAACUCACCGAGGAGAGACGUUUGCGAGCGGAAGUUGAGAAAGAAAAGAAGAGUAUCGAGCAGGAACUUGAGAAUCUGACGACGGCAUUGUUUGAAGAGGCAAAUAAGGUAAGCAGCCUUGCCCAUGGUCCAAUGUCCGCUUGCUGACCCCUAUAGAUGGUCAUUACUGCGCGCGAGUCCGCCCAGAAAGACCACGACAUGGUUCAGAAGAAGAACGACCAACUCAAAGCACAGCUCGCAGAUACCGAGAGUUUAUUAAAGUCACAUCAGGAACAGCUCGCAGAAUUGAAACAAGUCAUGGAGCAGAUGACCGAGGAGCGAGAGGAAUCGUCGAAUCUCACGGCCCCAUCCACUCCCGGUCUGAGCAAAUUCGAUAGCAAGGACGAGCUGAGAAAUAGUUCAGAAGGGCCACAGCCAUCCUCCAUACCUGACCCUGUAUCACCAUCAUACCCUACGAGCUUCACGCAUAUCGUACAACUUGUACUUCGAACGGAUCUCUCCGCAUACGAUGAUUUUACUUCCAUUUUAAGGAUGUCUAAAAAUGUGAUGGGCAGCAGAGUGUCUAGCGGAUCAUAUGGCGCAAUUGGAUUAGGCCUUGGUCUUGGUGGGUAUACUGGUGGUGCGAGUAAUAGUUCAACCACAUCAAUCUCCACUUCACAUGGGUCCUCUCCCGUCACUCCAACCACCCCCGCAUCUUCCGUUAGCAGCAGUUCUUCAAACGGACCCAACUCGUUGACGCCUCUUAAAGACACAAAGUUCUACAAGAGGGCAUUGGCAGAGGACAUCGAGCCGACACUACGACUUGACAGUGCUCCUGGUCUUUCUUGGCUAGCCCGGAGAACGGUAUUAAAUGCCGUUUGCGAGGGAUUCCUUGUUAUAGAACCUAUGCCAUCAUCAACCAAACCGUAUGCGUUUGCAUGUUCAUUAUGUGGAGAGUCUCGCGAAGAUACUGCGCAUAUCCGAAGCCAUCGGUUUAGAACUAGCGAAAACGAGAAUGCACAGAAGUAUCCCCUCUGCAGAUACUGCCACGGCCGUGUUCGCUCAACUUGCGAUUUUCUUGGAUUCCUGAGAAUCCUGAAGGAGGGCCAUUGGAGAGCGGAUGACGAGGCUUCUGAAAAAGCUGCUUGGGAGGAAAGCGUGCGAUUGCGAGAACAAAUGUUUUGGUGCCGAAUGGGAGGCGGAGUUGUCCCUGCACAGCAAGUUAGCCAGGAACUGAGUCGAAGUCCACGACUUAGUGGAGACACCAGAAGCGACCAAGAGAAAGAAUUGACUGUAGAGCUCGCAAAGAAGGGAGAGAUACAACCAAGAGAUGUCACAACACCUACAGAAUUAUCUCCGAGGAUGUCAACGAACCAAGUACCAAACGAAGUCAGCAAACUAUCGGACAAGUCACAACAUGCAAAUGCGGAUAGCAAAACAAAUGAUGCCUCUUUACCUAGUCCUUUACGGACGGUCUCUACGGAGCACGAUACGCCGCCUGAAGAAGUAAUGGUAAUCAAUAAUCAGAUGCGAAAGGAGAACGUAAGGGAAUCGGUUCAGUCGGUCUCGUCGUUGGAAGCGGAUGGGCAAAAUGAAGGAGCGCAAAGACUUUCGAUUACGAUACCUGGUGCUCAGGGAUGAGCAAUUUGCCUUGACUUGGUUUUUCUUUUGUUGGCCACGGAGCGACGGAUCGUAUCAAAAUGG